CCCCAGCUGGUGUCCGUGGCAGUGGGGAAGAACCGGCACUCGCUGCAGGAGAUCCGCGAGGUCCGCAUCCCCAGCAACGUCAUGGGCUACGUGGCCUUGCUGGAGAACGCCAACCUCAGCCAUCCAUAUGUUCAAAUCAACAUCAAGCGCUGCUUGAGUGAUGGCUGCGACACACGUAUCCACGGCCUGAAGACCAUGGGCUACCAGAUCACCAAGAACAAGGAGGUAUCCGUCACCGACGCCUCAGCCAUCUGGUACCUGUCGCUCCUGACAUCCCUGGUCACAGCCUCCAUGGAGACCAACCCCAUCCUGGCACAGACGGUCCUGCAGAACACUCAGAAAGCCUUACAGCACAUGCCCCCGCUGUCCUUAACGCCAGCCUCCACGGAGUUCCCCAAGUUCUUCUCCACAAAUGUUCUUGAAGAAGUGGAUGGUUUCCUUCUCCGAAUAGCAGACUGCUGUGUGACCCCUGAUGCUGAGCUGACCCUGUUGGCCUUCGCGCUGGCCAGAGGAAGUGUGGCCAAAGUCCUCCAGUCCUUGUCCGGGAUCUGCGAGCACCUGGACUUGGAGUACGGCGCCUCCUCGCUCCUCAAGUCCAUGGCUGCCGUCAGACUGCGCCUCCUGCACAGACACGGGAAAGCCCUCCAGCUGCGUCUGCAGGCCUGUGAUGUGAAGGGUAAAGAGGAGAAGUCUGGCCCAGAGAGUAUGCUGACGGAGCCACACACUGGAGAUGGGUUCCUCACAGAGGCUGGGAAGAAGAGAGCCAGUGUGAUUCUGUCCACGGAGGACCAGAGCAGCUUCCAAGUCACGCAAAUAAAGAUCAAAGUGCGCAAAGGAGCCAUAGGUGCCAAGUGUGGCCUUGUGUUUGCCUACAAUGAACCAGAUGCUUUUAAUGCAGACAAACAUUUUAAACGGUUCAAAAAGUUUGACUUAUGGGACUAUAAGGACUAUAAGGACUUUGUCCAAAAUGGCACCAGCAGUGCAGGACAGCCGGAGGAUGACCCCAUUGGCUGCUUCGAGCUGGAGGACGACUGGAACGAUGUUGAGAUUAAACUGCAGCAGUGUCGAGUGUCAAAGUUCCUGAUGGUGAAGUUCCUGUGUGCGAGGCAGGAGUCGGCGGAGCGUCUGGGCGUGCAGCAGGUGAGCUUCAGUGGGUACCUGUGCCCGGGGGCCGAUCAGACGCAGCCGCUGGAGGACCUGAGCCCCGAGCUGGAGGGGACGGACCGGGGCCUCACCACCGGCCACACCCUGCUGAGGAAAACCCUCUUCUUCAUCCAGCAGCUCACCAGAGACAUGCUAGUAAACUUUGUGGAGGAAUUCGCUGAAUUUGACAAAAAGCGUACGGGAUUGGAAUCGUGGACCUCACCUUUAAGUUUCCCAGAACUCGAUGUGUCCCUUUACAAGCAGAAGUUCCUCCUGGACUUCAGUGGCUUAAACCUGCAGCUCUUCUGGGACUUCUACAACAAACUCAGGGUUAUCGAGGGAGAGGAAGCCGUGAAGACGAGGGUUCUGCUUCUUCAGCUGCUUCAGAACUGCUUCCCUGUGCUGCCUGGUCCCCCCGCGUGUCGGGGCUCAGAGGAGGCUUCCGCCAGCACAGACCGAGAGCGCUCUGAGGCCGUGUGGGAGCUCUAUAAUCACCUGUGUCAGGUGGUGGAUGCUCCAGAGAGCGAGGCAGUCGUGGACAAAGCGCUCCGAUGGGAAGCCGUGAAGGCCAUUCUGAACGGAGCAGUCAUCUUCUUCCCUUACAAACAAAGUCGGAGGGACAAGCUCUUUGAUUUGAUGACAAGCAUCACUGAGGAAGAUCAGCUGGAGUCGGUGAAACUGACUUUUGAAUCUCUGUGCAACUACUUCAGUGACAAAGACCCCAGCGGUCUGCUCCUCCUGCCCCCUAAAGAUGCCCCCGCAGGCUUCAACAUCAGCCCAGUGCUGAGUGUGAUGGACACCCUCAUCCGUGUGGCGAUGCGAGAGUGUGAGGCGGUCAUGGUGGAGCCGAGCGGGGGGCCCAGCCGGAAGGUUCUGCUGUCCCUCUACUGGGCGCUGCAGGGGAACCUGCUCUCCUGGUGCUACCUGCAGCUCAAGGGAGGGGCCUCCACUGCUUCCGAGCUGGCCAAGGCUAUCCUCACUGAGUAUGUGCACCAAUUCCUGUCGGGGGCUCACACCAUGCUGACCUCCCUGCUGCAGCGCUACAGCAGCACAGAGCUCAUGGAGAAGCUGAGCGGAUCCAUCAUGGCCAUCGCCACCAGGCAGCUGAUCAUUUUCCUGCUGGAGCUGUGCUCUCUGGACAUUCCUCACUGUGAGCUGUUGCACAGCUUCUGCUCCGUGGUGGAGCUCCUCACCAGCCUCUCCUGCGACACGGGGGACAUCUUCUCUUCGGCGGACAUGGAGAACUGUCAGCAGCCCCAGCAGCCCGUGGUCCUGAAGACGUGGGACAUGGAGUCGCCUCACAACUACGAGAACAGCCAGCACGAGACCACCGUGUUCGUCUGUCCCGGGGCCACGUCCUUCGAGGUGGAGUUCGACGAACGCUGUGAAACGGAGAAGAGGUACGACUACCUGGAGUUCACUGAUGCAAGAGGUGGAAAGGUUCGAUAUGACAUGAAAGUCGGCACAGAGAAAUGGCCAAAGAAAGUGACAUUCAAAGGAGGCCCUCAGCUGCAGUUCCUCUUCCACUCGGACAGCAGUAACAACGAGUGGGGCUACAAGUUCACUGUGACGGCCUACGGCCUGCCUGACGUCACCGUCUCCUGGAUCUCGGACCUGCAGCUGCUGGUUUCCAGACUCAUGGGCCACCUGGCAUCCCGCACCAUGGCCCUGAAAACACCACAGGACACCCACGAUGGGAAGGAGCAGCCGGCUGGGAAGAUGAACCAUGUCCUCUCCUCCACAUUGUGGAAGAACAUCUUCCGGCACGGACUGAGCAACUCCGACUCCCAGGCUGGGGACAGAGAAAAGGUGGAGAAAGAGGACAGACUGGUGGACUUCCUUGCGGCCUUUGCCAAGUGGGAGCCGACCCCGGAGUGUCCUGACGCCAGGGUGGAGUUGAUGAGAAGCCUCAUGUUGAUGUGCAAGAAGCAGGCCGUCAGGAACGAGAUCGCCGGCAGCGCCAAGGUGGACCAGGCGGUGAACGCGCUGUGGGCAGCCAUGGUCUACCACACACCAGCCCUCCACCACAGCCUCAGACUCUAUGUGUCCAAAGGCGGCCAGGUCAGUCUCCCUGAAGAUCUGAUACAGGUUUACAAGCUGGCAGAUGGUAUCCGCACUUGGAUGCUGGAGAUGAAGCAGCGCUACCUGGUCAAGAAGAUGAACGUGCAGGAGGAGCAGGAGAAGGACCAGGCAGUGGUCAGCAUGGAGUCCUUAGCGGAGGUGUGCAUCGAAAAGAGCCUCCUCCUAUUCAGAUUCACUCCCAAGGGAGUGCUCACCCACCUUUCUGAGACCUCCAAGCCAGAGGGGGGCGCCAGCACUGCCCCACUCCUCCGAUCCAUUUCCAUAUCAGAGGCCGACUUCCAGGCCAGCCCGGUUGCCCCUUCCCAGCCUCCCAAGGCCGAGGGGGGUGCCGCCAAUCCCGCAGACGCACCGGGGCUGUCUCACCCAGACCAUGUCCAGUCACAGGUGUCCUCAGCCUCAGAUCCAGGAGCCUCCAGCAGCAGCAGCAGCAGCAGCAGCAGCGGGCCCACCCAGGGCCCCAAGUGCUCCACAGAGACCCUCCAAGCCCAGGCAGCGGACCCGGUCUCGCCUGUGGCCCUGCAGCGCCGCUCUCUCUUCAGCCGCGAGCGCCUUCGCCUGCUCUCCUUCCGCUCCCUGGAGGAGCCCAGGCAGGCCCCCUCCGUCAAGGAGCGCUUCCCCAUCCUCAAGGACAUCCUCAACUUCAUGAAGGACCAGGCCGUCAGCGUAGCCAGCGUCCUGCAGACGCUCUCGCUGAAGAAGGCCCAGGCUCAGAAUGUGUGCAAGGUGCUGGAGACGGUGCAGUGGUGUCUGAGCUCCAUGGGAAAGCCGCACCUCUUCCAAGCGCCCUGCAUCCUCUUCCUCCAGGAGCUGCUGGCCUGUCAGAAGGACUUCUCCAGUUAUUUCUCCCAGCUGUCGGGCUGCGGCCAGGAGCUGAGGGAGCAGGUGCGGAGCUCCUACCACCGGCUGGUCCUGAUGCUGGUGGAGGCGGUGCAGAGCUUCAGCAGCCUCAAUGCAAAGGUCCUAUUGCCCGCCCUGUCCUGUGUGCAGACCUGCUUGCUGCACCUGCUGGACAUGAGCUGGGAGGUGGAGGACCUGUCCCUCUUCCUGGACAUCAAGCUGCCUGACCUGCUGCUCACCAUGUCUCAGGAGAACAUCAGUGUGCAUGACAUCGCCAUCAGUCAGUGGACGGAGGAGGAUGAGAUUGCGGACUAUGAGAGGAACAUGGAGUGGAUGGAUGAGUGUAUGGACGGCAUGCUAGAGAAGUGGUACGACAAGGUGGUCCAGGGGACGCUGGAGAGCAGAAGAAAGAUGCACAUGUUCAUAGCGCGCUACUGCGACCUGCUCAACGUGGAGAUCUCGUGCGACGGCUGCGAGAGGAUCGCCCCGUGGCACCGCUACCGCUGCCUGCAGUGCACGGACAUGGACCUGUGCAAGACCUGCUUCCUCAGUGGAGCCAAGCCUGAGGGUCACGAGGACGACCAUGAAAUGGUCAACAUGGAGUACGCCUGUGACCACUGCCAAGGCCUGAUCGUGGGCAGCCGAAUCAACUGCAACGUGUGCGAGGACUUUGACUUGUGCUUCGGCUGCUACAACGCCAAGAAGUACCCAGACAGUCACCUCCCCACCCACCGGAUCACCGUCUACCCGAUGGUGACCAUCCGCAUCAGCGACCGCCACCGCCUCAUCCAGCCCUACAUCCACAACUACUCGUGGCUGCUGUUCGCCGCCCUGGCGCUCUUCACCUCGGAGCUGACCAGCCGGCGGCGGCAGCAGCAGGAGGCACAGAGCCUGGGCGCUGCCACGCUGGAGCUGGCCACCCGGCUGCACGCCCGCUGCUCCAAGCUCAUCACCGAGUGCCUGCUGAAGGGCCAGACGGGCAAAGGUCUGAAGGCGUCUGCUCUGAUCUCGCUGCUGUCCUCGGCCGAGUCGGCCACGGAGAGCGAGGAGCUGGGACCCGGCAGCCCAGAGUCCUCCCAGGAGCUCAGCACCACGGACACAUCCUCCCUCCCCGCCAGCACCGCCGCCGUCUGCUCACCACCGCCCCCUAAAGACAGGAAGAAAAGCCAGGAGCAGGAGGCUGACCCGCCCUUGCCCCCCAAAGUCGAGGGCGAGCGCCCCAAGAGGAAGCUGGUCUCCCAGGACACCCUGGACUUGUCCAGCCUGAGCCAGACUCUGUCCGUGUCCGGUGAAGGCACUCUCUCUCCUGGGGUCAAAGCCCCAGAGUCAGAAGGGGACACCGUCACCUCUCCGGCCACGGAGGCGGUGGAGGGGGCCAAAGUGAAGGAGGAGGAGGAGAAGACGGCCCGGAUGCCCCUCCAGGAGCACGUGUUCGCAGACUGCUCCAGGGAGAGGAUCCUUGGACUGCUGGCUGCCAUGCUGCCUCCGGCCAAACAGGGCAGCAGCAUGACCCUGAGCAGCCUGAGUGCCAUCCUGCCCCUGCUAUUCCGCGGCGUCAUCUCCAACGCGGGCUGCCUGAACGAGACGUACCACCUGACGCUGGGGCUGCUGGGACAGCUGCUGCUGCGCCUCGCCCCUGAGGACGCCGACGCUGCCGUCACCGAGGUGCUGGCCGACAAGUACGAGCUGCUGAGCCUGGGCGACGGGACGGCCGGAGCCGCGCACACACCGGGCUGGAAGACCACACAGCUGCUCUUCAGCCUGGGGGCGGUAUGCCUGGACAGCCGCAUCGGUCUGGACUGGGCGUGCACAGUGGCUGACAUCUUGCGCAACCUGAACAUCUGUACCCAGUGGUCCAGCGUCCUCGGCGGCUUCACAGACCACUGCGUGGAGCAGCUCCCCAAGCAGCUCAAACGCACUAACCUCUUCACCCUGCUGGUGCUGGUGGGCUUCCCUGAGGUUCUGUGUAUGGGAACUCAGUCAGUGUUCAUCGACAACGCCAACGAACAGCACAACAUGAUCCUGCUGAAACACUUCACCGAGAAGAACAGGGCCGCUGUGGUGGACGUGAAGACCCGCAAAAGACGAACAGUGAAGGACUACCAGCUCGUCCAGCAGCAUGACUGCAGCAGCAGCGACUCCUACAGCGACGGCCCUGUCCUGACCCCCACCUCCGCCCACCUGUCCCGCUACCUCCACAACUUCAUCGCCAUCAUCAGUCACCUGCUCCAGACCGGGGUGGACAGCAGUGCCGCGGACGCCGUGGAGGCCACCUGGGUCCUCUCCCUGGCCCUGAAGGGCCUCUACAACACCCUCAAGAAGCAUGGCGUGGCCCAGGCCCAGGAGGCCAUCCACGGCUCGGGCCUGACGCAGCUGCUGGUGCGCAAGUGCAGCAAGGGCACGGGCUUCAGCAAGAUGUGGCUGCUGCGCGACCUGGAGAUCCUCUCCAUCAUGCUCUACUCGUCCAAGCGCGAGAUCCACUCCAUGGCCGAGGACACGGACGCCGAGGGCGACGGCGACCGGGAGGAGGAGGAAGAGGAGGAGGAGAUGGAGCGGGAGCGGGACCGCGAGAAGGAGCACGACUCGGACCACUCCAGCUGCUGCGCCGAUGACAACGACCCCGGCCGGCCCGACCCGCUGGAGGGCCUGGAUGAGGAGACCAAAAUCUGCUUCCAGAUUACCCAUGAUGCCUUGAAUGCGCCGCUGCACAUCCUGAGGGCCAUGUAUGAGCUGCAGAUGAAGAGGACUGACUCGUUCUUCCUGGAGGUGCAGAAGAGGUUUGAUGGAGACAGGAUCAAAACAGACGAGGCCAUCCGCACUCUGGCACAGAAGUGGCAGCCCUCCAAAAACCCCCGCUCAGUCACCACCAAGGCCGUGGACACCGACAUGGUUGUCGUGCCGUGUGUGGCCAAGCCCAGCCGCUGCGAGAAGGCGACGGAGGAGAGCAACAUGGUCACCCAGAAGCUCAUCACCAACACGGAGAGCGACCUGCAGCUGAGCUACGCCAAACAGCGGCGCACCAAGAGCUCGGCGCUGCUGCACAAGGAGCUGGACGUGCGCAGCAACAAGGCCGUGCGCCAGUACCUGGUGAAGGUGAACGAGGCCAUCGCCAUCCUGUACGCGCGCCACGUGCUGGCCUCGCUGCUGGCCGACUGGCCCGCCGGCGCCCACAUCAGCGAGGAGGACCUGGAGCUGAGCGGAGCGUCUCACCUGGCCUACAUCCUGGACAUGCUCAUGCAGCUGGAGGAGAGGCCGCUGUGGGAGAGGAUCCUGCAGAAGGUCCUGAAGGGCUGCAGCCAGAGCAUGCUGGGUAGUCUGUCCCUGACGGCGUGCCAGUUCAUGGAGGAGCCCGGCAUGGCCGUGCAGGUGCGGGAGUCCAAGCACCCCUACGACAACGACACCAACUUCCAGGAUAAGGUGCAUAUCCCCGGCGCCAUCUACCUGUCGGUGAAGUUUGACCCGCGCUGCCACACGGAGGAGGGCUGUGACGAGCUGCUGAUGGCCAGCAGUGUGGACUUCCUGCAGGACAUGCACAACUUCAGCGGCUCCCACCACAAGUGGACCGACUUCGAGAUCCCUGGGGACACCCUCCACUAUAGAUUCGUCUCUGACAUGAGCAACACGGAGUGGGGCUACAAGUUCACUGUGACAGGGGGUCAUCGAGGACGCUUCCAAACAGGCUUUGAGAUCCUGAAGCAGAUGCUGGCUGAUGAGAAGGCGCUGAGCCACCUGCCCCUGGCCGACAUCUGGGAGUGGCAGGUGGGCGUGGCGUGCCGGCAGACGGGGAACCAGCGCCUGAAGGCCAUCCACCUGCUGCUCCGCAUCCUGCAGUGCCCCACGCAGUGGGCCUGCGACCUGACGCUGCUGCGGCCCCUCUUCCUGCUGUUCAGCUCCAUGGAGAGCACGGCCAGUCGGGACCCCACCAGCGUGAACGUGCUGCUGCCGCUGCACCGCGCCCUCACCGAGCUGUUCUUCAUCGCCGAGGCCAAAGCCGUGGAACAAGGCAUCCUACAGGAGUACCUGCUAGCCCUCACCACCAAGGAGCAGCUCCUCAACCACACCGCCCAGGCACUGAAGAACAUUGCUGCCAUCAGCCUGGCCAUCAAUUACCCAAACAAAUCCACCAAACUUCUCAGCACCACCUCUCCUUAAAGGGAAUGAGGGAGAAAGCUAAGGCGUUGAUGACGGAGACGGAGACAGAGACGGAGGUGGACAGAGCUUCCUGUCCCCAUUGGGACACUUGGAGGCAAUAUUGGGGGCUAGUGGCAGGGGGAAAGCCCUCCUGAUGUCUUCCAGAGAAACCUGCCUGUAAAAGGAACUACUUCCAUUGUCUGUCUGAUAACGGAAGUAAUAAGGGAUGUAUUUUUCUAUUUCAUUCUUGUUAUUGUGAUUUGUCGUUAUUAUCACUACUAGCAAAGCCCUCCUGAUCACAACAAUUGUUGCCUUAGGUGAAAUGCAGUGGAUUUAUCAGCGGGGGGAGGGGGUGCUGUCCUUUUUCAGUUAAGUUUUGUUUUGCUUUUAUGAGCUGUAUUACUUGAAUUUUUUUUAUUUGAACACACAUGUCGUGUGCCAAAAGUGCCACACUGGGUGGUUCUUUUUUUCUUUUCUUUUUUUUUUUUUUAAAGCAAGCCACCUUAGGUGAGACAAUCGAUCAUUGCAAAAAGCAGGUCACCUUGCUUGCCUCUUCAGUUUUUUUCCUCAUUCUGUCUUUCCAUUCUGCUGUGUCUCCUGGUGGACACGCUGCCUAAAAAUACCCAAACACAGCGCACCGCGCUCGGGAACCUCAUCAGUCACGCUGGCCUAAGACUGGUUCUCGGUGCACUCGUGGAAACAAAAACUUAUUUUCAUCCUGCCUUUUAACCCAUGACUCUCCUUGGGUGACUGUUUCUCAUCUGCGGAAGCUCGAAACCGCAGUGUGGACAUUGAGCUGAAAAUGAUCUCACAGCAGUAAAAAAAAAAAAAUGGAAAAGCCGGAUGGAUUGCGAUGUGCCAUGCCAACACACCCAGGGGCAUUUAGCCUCUGAACACAAGUCAACGCCAUAUCUGUUCCAGAACGGACCCGAAGAGACAAUCGGUAGAACACGGAACUGGUAAAUGAUCAGCAAAACAUCAUAAAAUGAUCCUAGUUACUUUACGAAACUUCCAGGAGGUGACGGAUCGUAAGUGUAACUGCCUUCACACAGUCUUUCGACACACGUCCAGUGCAGACUCGCGCACAAGCACAUUUGCAUGAUGUGAUGUGCCCAGGUGGAUUUGUGAAAUAAUGAUUUCACAUUUGCAUAGCAUUGCACAACACCCGGCCUCUUGCAGCACCUCUCCGACUUUGGCAUUCAUGGAUCAGGGUUUUUUUUCAGCUGUGUGUUCCUGGCUCGAGCUGUCUAAACUAAGUGUGUGUGCUCAGUCACUUUAGAGACAGCCACAUUGCAGGUCUUAAUGUUCAACGAAAUGGCAAGAACAUCCAUUUAUUUUAUAUAUAUAUAUGUAUGUAUAUAUAUAUAUAUAUAUAUAAGCUGCAUGGCUGUCAUAUUGCAGAGAAACAAUAUCACUUUAUUCAUUGCUCAGUGUCUCUGCUAUGUUGCGUGGAUGGACAAGAAUGUAGUCUUUGAAUUUACAAUCUCACCAUGGAUUGGAUCAUGCCAAUACCACUUUUUUCUUUUUCAAGACCUCAUAAUGGUCGUAUAUAGGAAUUAACCAUCACACGCAGAAUUUAGAUAUUUAUUUUUUUCCAUUUUAAUUUGAUUUUAGAGGGGAGAGAGUGAUUUCGACAGAAAUAUAUGCCAAAGAAACUCAUUGUCAAAAGUAACCCCAUAAAAUUAGCACCCACACUCCUCUCCAGGGUUCCUCCGUAUUGUGUGUGCGUGUGAGAGAGAGAGAGAGAGAGAGAGAGA